ACAGAGUAUUUGAAAGUUGUCAACAGAGGGAAGGAGAAGGAGACACAAAAAAAAAAAAAAAGAAGAAGAAAUAGAGGAAGAGUAGCGGACAGCUUGAGCGGCACCGACACCGACACCGAGCUCGGCGGAGGAGGGAUGGGCUGCAGCCACAGCAAGAAGAAAAGCAAAGGCAAGAAGGGAGGGAAGACCCAGAAAGAAAACAGCCGCCAAGAUGAAGGAGGUAAACGUAUGUCUGGUGAGCAGGACGUCUGUCUGGAGAAGCAGCUGGAGCGCUUUGAGUGGCAGCUGAGGAUUUUAAAGGAAGUACUCUCAGCGAAUGGGAACCCAGAGAGGGCGGAGCUACUGAAGGACCACGCCGAUGUCGAGGUGUGCGCCCUCGUCCUGAGCGUCCUGGAUAAGGUGAAAACAGAGACGACGGCUGAUCUGAACGUGCUGCAUGAACAGAAAAGUCAAAGUGCUACUGAAGAACACGAGAGACAAGUGGAAGAGCUGCAGAAGACACACAAACAAGAAAAUACUGAACUGACAGAAAAGUUUCAGGCUGCUGAGAACGACCUCACGAGUAAAAUAAGACAGCUGACGGCAGAUCUGGAGGUUUAUAACGAGCUGAAGAGGAGAGUCGAAGAAUCAACGUUUAAGAAGGAUCUGCAGAGAAAUAUUCAAGCCCAUGGUAGCCCAGGUGCAUUCUGGGAGUCUGAGCAGGAGUCUCUGGUGUUUGUCAUAGAGAUGAAGAGUCAGCGUGUGCAGGAGCAGAGCAGGAAGCUGCAGCAGAUGGACGCCUUGGUGGAGAGGAACUUGUCGUUGGAGGAUCAGAUCGUUCACGUCCUGCAGCAGAACGAGGAUCUGAAUGUUCGGAUAGAAAACUGUCAGACUCUCAUUCAGCAGUUAUCAAAGGAGCAGUUGGAGCUGAAGGUGGCGCUGGAGAGGCAGGCCAUCACAAACCAGAAUCUCUCUCAGGAAAAAGAGCAGCUGAUGUUCAAACUGAGACACAGAGACUCGUGUCCGAACAUCCACAUGCCCACCAUGAUGCAGGAGAUCGCUCCCAGAUGAUUGCAUAAAGCUAGCUAGAAACGGCCGGUUUUUAUUCACAAGGUAACAUGCUGAGUCAGCCUGGUUCCCUACUUAGAAACUGGGCUUCAGGUGUUUGAACACCUGGAGAGAAACGAGUGGCUGCUCCUGGUUCACGUUCCAGGGCUCCAACCUGGAUCCAGUCUACAACACUGCAGAACAACACAAGACUGUUUAUUUCCCAUUUAACUGCAACUCCACUGUUAAUGUUCUAGUGCUGGCAUGCAGCUACACCCACAGACUGCAAUCCAUGAAGAAGCUUUGCAACACCAUUACUGCUGCAGCUAUGUGGACUUAAAGCUGCUUCCUGUGUUCACACUGAACUGAUUCUCUGAAAAAACAGGUUUGGACACACCAACCUGUAAUCAGACAAUGUAUUUUAUUUUUUAAUUCCUUCCCAGUGAGGAGGAUCUGUUGAAUGACAGACAAUCGAGACAGUUAAAGUGUGCUGGAGAGCCUUCACUGGUUCAGUCA